GUAGUUGUGCUGUGGAGGGCGUGCCAUACCCGCGAAACCUGCUCCUGUUGUUGGAAACCUCGCCAUCCAUACAACUUAUUCAGGAAAGUGGCGAAUGACUCUCUGGUCAUCUUAAUAUCUUCACACCAAGGCGCGCUACCUUACGAGACACUCUUUCAAGUGACAUUGAUAUUCCCAUGAGGAUCGCUUGUCAAGGUCUUUGAAUGUCACCUUCAUGACCCCAAGAGGAACGAAACGUGGACAGAGUCAGACUUGUGUUCUUCGCAUCCUAUGGACGGUCAGUAGAGCAGACUGUCCUGGAGUUCGAUCGCAAAAUCCCCUUUGUUUGCAUGCCUUUGGCGAUGGCAUUGGUCAACCACGAUCGCAGCUCAAAUUUCAACAUAACUCGAGAAGAUCCAGGGUAGUCUCAUCAGUUAUCGCUCUUGCAGAUCUAGGCUGGUCCUCGAGAACGAGGCUUCAUGCGUUGAGUUGUCGCAAGCGAGACUCUCUAAAGCAGCCCUUCACGUCUGCGCCCGUCCUUGUCCAUUUCGACCCUGACAAGCCGAUCUUCAUCAAGCCAGACGCCUCUAACUUAGCGCUAGGUUGCGUUUCUUGUCAAGAGUCUACCGAUGGCUCGAUACACCUGAUUGCUUCUUCAAUCGCACCUUUGUCCCUGCUGGAAACAGUCACCAGAUUGACGAUCAGGAAAUGAUGACUGGUAUAACCGCUUUCGAAACUUGGCGUCAUCAUGUGGAAUGUUCCGCCCAUCACUGCUCCUUCAGUUUGAUUCGCAAAUCAGUUCUCUCUUGUCUACAGUCUGUCACUCUCAGCCUCAACGUGCCAAUUCGAUAUUCGAACAUUUCCUGCGAUGCUACAUCAUCUACGCCCAA